CGAGAGAUUCCUCUCAGCACCCCAAAUUCGCAUCGAUGGGGCGCCCACCACGCCGGGCCGGUGUCUCGCUGGAGCAUCCCGGUGAGACGUGAGGGGGUGAAAAAACCUCCUGUUUUGGGCAAACUUGGGUACGAGAUGUGCAAUCGUCUGACGUGGCGGAUGGGUUUGCUGAAGGGAAUGUGGAAGUUGGGCUUUUGAUUUCAGGCUUGCUUGCGCCGAAGCUCGAGAAGUGAAACCGCUCUCAGUCCGUGAGGAUUCUCCAUAAAGAAAGCGAGAUUAUUUUUUUUUUUUUGUCUAACACGCUUUUGGCCAAGCACGGGGUUUUGCUCAACGCUUCGGUUAACUCACUUAGUGCUGCUUUUCUGUCAAAAAAGGGAAUUCCUUAAUUAUCCUCCCUGAAAUCCAUCCAGAGCCUCGACGCGGGUUGCUCCUCGCUGAUGUUACAUGCGCAGCCCCUUCUCGGGAACGCUAAAACACCGUUUGUCCGAGUCAAAGUCAGAUCCAGGCAGCUGCGUGGUUCUGAAGGAGCGAGUCCCACCGGCCUGGGGUUUGUUUUUUUCUUUUUCAGGGAGUAUUUAAUUAUGCCUCUCAGGCCUGUAGAUUAAUUGCUUAACGCUCCCGUGUCGCCUUUUAUUCGCUUCUUCUCCUGUUUUGUACAACAGACACCGCCGCCUCGUAGCCGGCGCUGGUGCCGCGGUGCAAACCGGAGUCACCGUGCCGACUCCUUUCUUUCCAGCACCCAUUGUGGUUUAUUCGGUCGCUUUAAUCACGUUAAAAAUCACUUGGGGCGUCGUCGAGGUGAAAUGAUCGGCUGAUUUUUUGGGAAGGCUGUCACGGGAAUGCUGCCUCUGUGCCAGGACACGCACAUCCAAGCCCCUCAAAACAGCUACGAGGGAAACUUUGCCGGGCGGAGCGAAGCCCGGGCAGGUUCAUCCCGACACGUCACCGGCGGCCGAUCACUUCCUUUUCUCACUGGCCUAUUUUAGGCUGUUUGCCCAGGGAGGAGCAACGCGGCGAUGUCACCAGAUAUGUCACAUUUUCCUGGUCGGGAGCAAACUCCUCUGCGUGACGCAGCGACAGCUGACCUUUGAUAGCUGCUGUGACAACAAAUACCGCCCAGAACGCCCCGGUGGUUUUGUUCAUCUCCUGAAUCCCGGUGUCUCCCCGAGCCGGGGUGUUUCCUUCUCCCUCCCCGCCAGGGUUUCGGGGCCACCGGUCUCCCACUGAGGGAGCAGGAGGCAGGUGAGGUCUCUCGGUCUCGUCUCAAACAGGCUCCGAGUGGAUUCGUGGGCGUUUGUCACGCCUGCACACGCUCCGAAUUUCCUGUUCGGAAGAUUUGGAGCUUGUUCUUCACUUAAGGCAAAUCAGAACAGCGGAGCAAAGGUCUGCAUUGUGUUAAAAAGAGAACUUGUAGCUGCAGCCCAUGCCGUUACCACCACCUUUUGUUAGGGUCUGCAGGAGAAAAGACCACGUUGCGAAGGCAACGCUGGCGGGCAGCUGAAGUUUUGGGGCUGAUGGGCGAGGUUUUGGUUAGCGGGAGGCGCUGAUCGGCGACUCCAUGGGCACAAAGGUGCUGGGAAAGGGGUCUGGGGGCACACGGCGAAGCGCUCUGCCAGCCCCGGGGUGAAGCUGCGCUCCCCUCGCAUCACCUGACCCCUUUCAUUUUAUCCAAAAAUAAAAUCCAUCGACUAAAGGAACCUUUUUUAUAAAUAUUAGCGAUUGUGGAUGCAUACCAAAAAAACCCAAAUAACCCCAUGCUACGAAGGAUUCUGAAACAAAGCGACGGAAGAGGGAAUGAGUUUGUUAUUCAUCAAAGCGUGGAGGCAAGGGGUGCCCUCAUCUCUGACAGCACCGAUGCUCAAAAAGCGUUUGGCUUCUUUACAACGAGGGCUGGAGCUCGGGCUCACUGCAGUUCAUCGCCUUGUGUGAGGUUUGCCAGCGCCGCGGCGAAGGGCUCGGUGUAAAACGCAGGACUUUGAUCCAGAAAAAAGCUCAAUGGAGAGAUCCCAUGGGAGCCAAAGACCUGAGUCUGUGGAUUCCCAGCUUGGGAGGACUCGCCAGUUCCUUGCAUGCCAGGAUAACGCCCGCCCGUUUCGAGUGAGAAGCGUCUCGGCUGCAGUCAAAUGGGUUUGGACUCUCUGCGAUCGCCUGCGAGCGGGACGCUGGCCUUUGGGAGCCGAUCGCUUCAACCGGUGCCGCUGGAAAGCGAACGGAAGGCGCCGGGCUAGGAUGACUCUCGUUAGAAAGCCGGGCAGAGGGGCUGCGGUGACUCCCUGAGCGCCGUUGAUCCACCGUGACCUGCCGCUGGCGAAGCGGAGACCCCCCCGGCGAGCGGCUUCACCCACUGCAUCGGUGGCAUCCCUUGUGUUUCCUUUGGCAUCGCAGCCUGGGAGAAACCAGCGCUCCCAGAGCUGAUGGGGGCUUCCAGGUCAACACACAACGAGAUGGAAAAGAACAGGCGGGCCCAUCUGCGGCUGUGUUUGGAGAAGCUGAAGGGGCUGGUACCGCUCGGACCUGAAGCCAACAGACACACCACCCUGAGUUUACUAACGAGAGCUAAAUUGCACAUCAAGAAGCUUGAAGACUACGACAGGAAAGCCGUACACCAAAUAGACCAGCUGCAGCGGGAGCAGCGGCACCUGAAAAGGCAGCUGGAGAAGCUGGGGAUAGAGAGGAUAAGGAUGGACAGCAUCGGAUCCACCGUUUCUUCGGAGCGCUCGGACUCGGAUAGAGAAGAGAUCGACGUGGACGUGGAGAGCACGGACGACCUUCCUGCGGACCUCGACUGGAGCAGCAGCAGCCCGAGCGACUCAGACGAAAGAGGGAGCCUGCAGAGCGUCUGCAGCGACGAGGGCUAUUCCAGCUCCGGCGUGAAGAGGUUGAAGUCGCAGAGCUGGACCGUCCCGCCAUUCUCUUGCACGUCAAAAAAAAUCUUAACAUACCGCCCACCGAAAUGAAGUUGAGCUUUUGCCGAAGGCCCAAAACACCGCGCAGGGCUGCGGGUGGCAAGCUGCUCCCCGGAGCGCACCUCCGCUCGCGUCCGCUGCCUUCUCUCCCCGUCCAAAACUCCUCCCUGCGAGACUGGGUGCUCCACCCGCAUCUUGAAGCACCCGAGAAUAUCGCAGCGGUAUCAGCAACCUCAAACGCCUGCCCCUGGGUUUUUUGGCUUGCUCUCACCGCCCGGUAUUCCGGAUGUACUCCGCAUUCGCCCAGCAACAUCACGUACCCGAUAAUCGGCGGCAGGGCCCAAAAGUCAAGUUUUUGGGUGAGGAUCUGAAGGCAGAGCCGGCCUCUUGCGCAGUUUAGAUCCCGGGAGAGAGCGGAGGCAAGUCAGCGCCAGGCACGCGGAGCGUUUUGGCUACGUCGCGUCUUGGACGGGCGCAGGGUUCACACCGCUGGCACAUUAGUCGGGGGGCUCGUCUCCGCCGACUCUAAAUAUUCAGGGUAGCAGCGCAGCCGUACACACCCCAGCCCGGCCUCGUCCCGGAGCCGGAGCCUUCCUCGCCUGGGGAACGCCGCUGGGGGGGCUCCGCAGUCAUCGCCUCGCCCAGCCUCGGGUCGGACGCCUUCACUCUGGGAAGUUUUCUGUCCUACCUAAACCCAAACGCUCCCUGUCCCCGUCCCGUGCAAGGUCCCACCUCCCGCGUCGCGGCUGCGCAUCGCUGUUCUAGGCGAGGGCUCCUGGAAUUUUUUUCACGCUUCUUGUCUCUGGGACAAAUUUUUUCUACCUCGGAGAGAUGAACAAAGAUUUUCUCCAUCCCUUUAGCACAAAAAACAAAGAUGAUGCCUCAUUUGUUUUCCAGAAGCGAUGCCCAGCCCCGUUCAAAUCCGUCGCGCGACAGUUUAGCAAUAACCCGGCGGCGAG